AUGUCAUUUACAAUCUCCCACGCUCCGUUGGCGCCUCAUGCGCACCUUAGCCCCUCCCUCCCUCCCAUGUCUAUCCUACGCCGCCUCAACCCCUCCCGCCUAACCCUCCGCCUCCACCGCCGCCGCCUCGCCACCGUCGCCGCCGCCGUACGCCAGGACACCACUCUCUGGACCCCGGCCCCGCUCUCCCGCGUUGAGCCCGCCGCCGAGUCGCUGUUCCACGUCCGCGUCGACCUGUCCGACGCGCCCGACCUCGCGUCCUCCUACACGCGCCCCGGGCAGUACCUCCAGCUGCGCGUCCCGGACGUCGAGAAGCCCUCGUUCCUGGCCAUCGCGUCUCCGCCGGCGCUGGCGGCGAAGGGCGUGUUUGAGUUUUUGGUGAAGAGCGUGGAGGGGUCGAUUGCGGAGCUGCUGUGCGGGAUGAAGAAGGGAGACGUGGUGGAGCUGACGCAGGCUAUGGGGAAAGGCUUCGAAAUCGAUCAGAUCCCGCCGGAGAAUUAUCCGACGGUUUUGAUUUUCGCGACGGGAUCUGGAAUCAGCCCAAUUCGGUCUCUGAUUGAAUCAGGGUUUAACGCCGAUAAGCGAUCCGACGUGAAGCUCUUCUAUGGGGCCAGAAACCUGGACAGAAUGGCUUAUCAGGAUAGGUUUAAAGACUGGGAAGCUUCAGGUGUAAACAUAGUUCCUGUAUUAUCACAACCACAAGACGGUUGGACUGGACAAAGCGGUUAUGUACAGGCUGCUUUUUCUAGAGCCAAGCAAGCUUAUAAUCCUCUUUCCACCGCUGCUGUUCUCUGUGGGCAGAAACAGAUGGCUGAGGAAGUUACCUCCAUUCUUUUAGCUGAUGGAGUUGCAAGUGAAAAGAUACUGAAGAAUUUCUAACUAAUAGGUUAAAAGUCUGCAUUGUUGUACCAUUGUGGAGUGAUAGUUACUAUUGAUUUGUUCCCCACUGCUGAGGAUAAAAUAUCCUAGCUUGGAAUCAGAAAAUAAAUACAAUUCUGGUGACCCACCUCAGAGCAAUUUUGUAGUUUGUAUGUUAGAACUGGCACUUGGUCGUCGGCAUUAGUUUGGAAUAUGAUCCAUUUUGUGUCAAAAUAUCUGCCAUUCUGUGCUGAAUUGAAUGUCCUAAACUCCUGGAAUGCCCUGUCCGCCCUGUCCUAAUAAUAAAUAGCAUACUUUGAAAGUUGGAGCA